GUCUUAGUAGCUGACUGCCUGUUAGCUCCUUCUUCCCUCAGCCUUUACAUUUUCUCAGUUUCUGCAAAGUUAUGAGCAGCCAUGGGAGACCGUGUAACCUGGGUUUCCGUGCUUUGAGAGGGUCUAAGUCUCCAUCGAGCCUCAGAACAGGGAAAAACUGGAAUGCUCCAGAGCAGGUCUUGGCACAGAAACACUCUCUGCUUUGCCAAGCUCCCACUGUGAGAGCGAGUGCAGAAGGGAAGGAACAAGAAUCCGGAUUGAAGGAAGAAUUAGCCUCUGACAGGCAUCCUGAAGUCAAUCUGGCCUCCCCCACAGCCAGCAGACGCCCAGCUUGCUAACUGAACUAACGGCAAAUAAAUCAACCCUGCAAAGCACACACACAGUUUGACUGGCAGACAAGGACAUCAUCUGCAUUCAACAAACUGUUAAUUGACAUAUCCUUUUUUGCGAGUGCAAUACAAAGGGAAACAUGCAGAGCUAUAUACAGCUUACAUGGUUAGGGCCCUUUACGUUGUUUUCUAUCAUUCUUUACGUUACAUUUAGCAGGCACUCUUAUUGAGAGCAACUUGCGUUGUUUUCAUUUUUACAUAUCUGUUCAUACCGUUGGACAUUUAACUGAAUUAAAUCAGGUUGAGUACAUUGUUCUAGGAUAUCCUAGGCAGGAUCUGAACUCACAACUUCCGAGCUAUAAGCCCAGUCUCCUAACCAUUAUGCUAUACUGUUGCCCUGUUCAGUGUUUCAAUAGAGGAUGAAUGAAGACCAAACUGAUGUGAUGGUGGAUGGAUGGAUGGAUGGAUGGAUAGACCGAUGAAUAGUACUAUACCACCUUUUCCCCUUUACAUUGCUGAGCAUGCCCCAGUCAUAUACGUUACCUGUACACAGGUGACAUCACAUGACUCUGGGUUCUAAUUAUAAUAUAAUCAUAUCAAAGAGGAGGAACUGUGGGACCUGUAUUUGUUUAGGCAGAUAUAGAGCAAAUGGGUGGUUAUGAGCCUCAGGCGCACUGCUAAAUAAAAUAAGUCGCAUAUAGAGGAGCUGAAUGGGAACAUGUCAUCUUCGUAGCCUUAAUGGCCCUGGCAUGCCCAGGCUUGCUGGCUCAUUUCUAGCCAGGCCUGUUUGCGUUAGCUCAUUCUCUGCUGUGUGAAAAAGGCCCUGUGCUGAAGCCUUGCAGGGCCUGGAGAGAAAAUAGGUCAUGUUCCCUCGCUCCCAGACGUUUGUGUCUGUUGCUGUUUUUGCUGCAUUGUGUUCAGUCCUCAUCCGGCUCUCGUUUGGCAGAAAGCUGCAAAGAGGGACCGUGCUCAUUAUGAUUUCCUCUUGGUAGCUGGUUGUUUAAAGUUUUCUGAUGCCCUCAAUUUUCUUUUGUUUUUUGUUGUUUCUAAUGUAUUUAUUUUUUGCUGAGUUGCUGCUCAGGGAGUGAGGUAAUAACGAGAAUAACAUUCAAUCAAAAAGAAAAUAGUGCCAACAAUAUCUUUAUCAACGGCUAAUUUUUUUUUAAAAAGAGGAAGUGAAAAGACACUCACAGGUUUGAUCAUCCUCAUUCUCCAGAAGACAAAGCUGGAGAGACCGAGGAGCUCCGGCGAGUCCCCGCCACCUCAGAGGGGAGCGUGACCGCGUUCGGCAGGACGGCGCGAGAGAAGCGCAACUUAAAGACGACCCGAGGGACGGGCUUCCACCGUGGGAGAUUCGGCUCCCCCCCUCCUCUCAGCUCCCGGAGUCCGCCGGCAGUUUUCUUAGAAGGCGCUGCCGCUGUUAACCUUUAGUUCCUGGGGCUAUUGAGCCGGACUGAUGUGGAAUGUGACCCUUCCUGACCCGGUGCGACGGGCAGCCUUUGAGUGAAGAAGACGGGGACAGAGGCAGAUAAUAGACUGAAGGGGCAUAAAAGGAAGAGUGAGAGGCAGCGGUAAGAAACCUAUAGUUCUGAGGAAGAAAAGGAGGCGGUCAGAAGACUCUUUGAAUCGAGACUUUUUUUUCGUGAGCACAAUAAGGACUCUCUUUGGGCCGGGCUCCGCCCCCUAGCAUGCCUGUGGAAACGCUGCUGCCCUCGGACGGGCGGAUGGCGGGCGCCCCCCUCGCCUCCGCCAUGCCCUUCCGCCUCCUCAACAAGGGGCCCGAGUACUUCCGGCGGGCCCCGGAGCCCGGGGCGCGCAAGCCGAGCGCCGUGGAGCGCCUGGAGGCCGACAAGGCCAAGUACGUGAAGAGCCAGCAGGUGGCCCGCACCAAGCAGGAGCCCGUCAAGCCGCCCAUCAUCCGCAAGCCGCUGCUGUCCCCCAGCAUGCUGCUGCAGUGCCGCAUCAACAGCCCCCCGGCCCGCAAGGUCCCGCGCCGGCCCGCCGACUCCCACGCCGGCCCGCUCAACCUGGAGAUCCUCAACAACCUCAUCAACGUGUGCGAGGGCCCGCCCCCCGCCGCCCCCGCCUGCCUGUCCGCCAGCAAGGGCAAGCCGCCCCCCGCCAACUCCUCGUCCGGCUCGUCCUCCUCUUCGUCUCCGCUCGACAAGCCGCUGCCCGACGACCAGAACCGGCGGCCCCCUCCCGUGCUGGCGCGCGCCAUGAAGGCCGGGGCGUACGGCUCGCCCGCGGGGGGCUCGCCCAACACGGUGACGGUGCGGCGUGUGGACGUGCGGCCGCAGGCCGAGGUCAGGAAGCCCCAGAGGAUGCCUCUGCAGCCGCAGGCGCCCAAACGGCAGGUAGCCCAGCCGCAGGCUCCGCCCCCGCCGCCGCUGGCCCCCGCGCAGCCGGCCCCCACGCAGCCCUCCACCAUCCCCUCCUUGCCCUCCGUCCCGCCCUCGGUCCUGCCCCCGCCGCUCCCCCAGCCCUGCCUGCCCGCCAGCCCCCGGCUCCUGUGCGGCAUGCUGCCCCCGGGCUCCCCCGCCUUCACCCGCCUCUCCUCCGCCAGCUCGCGCAGCUCCCCGCGGGACGGCCCGGGCUCGGCCCGCCGCCACCCCUCCCUGCACCGCUCCAAGUCGGACCUGAGCGACCGCUACUCCCGCGCCACUGCCGACCUGGAGCGCUUCUUCAACUACUGCGGGCUGGACCCGGGCGAGGUGGAGGGCCUGGGGGUGGAGCGCUUCGCCCGCGCCAGCUCCGACAUCGUGUCGGUGUCCAAGCUGCGCAGCGUCAGCACCCCCAGCUCCGAGUGCGGCGCCCCGUCCCAGCGCAGCCGCGCCGAGCAGGAGGAGGGGCCCCCGUCGGCCGAGCGCGCCCCCUACGGGAUCUCGGUCAUCGAGAGGAACGCGCGCGUCAUCAAGUGGCUGUACGGCAUCCGGCAGGCGCGAGAUGCCCACAGCGUGUCCAACGUGUAGCGCGAGGCUGGGGCGGACUGCGGGGAGGGAAGGCUGCAAGAGACUCCUUCUUUCCUAGCCAACUUCAUUUUUUGUAUUUAUUUAUUAAGCGACGACCUGUCGAGAUGUUCUGAAGCUCAAAGGUGUACAUUUCCUUUUGUAUAGUUGACUUGCAGGAAGGAGAGUUCGGUGUUUUCUCUUGCCUUAUGUUCAGUUCAGUGAUGUCAUUUUUUUCCGGUUGGGAAUGGUUUCCCGGGAGGGCGCUUAUCAAACCACCAGCAGGACUGCUAACCUCGAGGAGAAAGAGGCAAGAAAUAAACUGAACUCUUUGCAUUUAGCUGGGAAGAAACUGGCAAUUAAAGCAAUAAUGAUGAUGAUUGGAAGGUAAUGGUGUAAUAGGUACCGAGUCGAUGGUAAAGGGGAUAUGGCCUUCAACCCAGUGAGUGUGAUCCGCUCACUCUGGGGAAAAGCAAUGAAACCUCAUGUGUGCAAACAGAUGCCUUUAAACACUUUGAUUCCGGUCUCGGGCAUGAGCAGCCAGCUACUGCUGUGUAUUAUGAAGCAGGUGAGAUUGGAUGUGGUUGUUCAGGUGAAUGGAGAGAAUAAGGAUACUGUGAAAAUGGGCAGUUUCAGGUGACUCAUGGCAGUUGCUUUUGCAGUAUGUGUGCAUGCAUGUUCUGUCAUUAUGUCUGAAACAUCAUUUCAACAAAGCACAAAUUCUUCACGUCGACUUGCACACACAUGCGCACAGUUUCUUCCCCUUCUCAUUGUGGAAAUGUUCUGAAUGGGGCAACGUUGUAUUCACACUGAGUUUUUGUUGUUUUUUUUUUUUUUUUUUUUGGUCUGUUAUUUCUCUUGAGAAAGGUUUUGUUGUAAGAAAGGUAAGCGAAUGUCAUGUGAAGUUAUAGACAGGUGGCUGACGUAAGUAAUGAAGUGGACGAGUACACCGCAGACAGGUGUCUGGUUGCUACGGUUGGAAUCAAAGCACAGGUGUGUGAAUACAGAGCGAACCAAGAUGGCGUCUGUCCUGAGGGCAAGAGAGAGACCCAGAGACGGACGAGUUUGAGAGAUGGUAGAAAAGUUGAAAGAAGGUAGAGAGGGGACUGAAUUUAGUGGGUGCACAGGAAGUUUGAGCAUUUCUGUUAAAGUUUAAGUUUGAUGUUUUUGUGAGACCUGUAUUAAUACACAGCAUUUUUUAGAUGUAUUUUUUCAGUGUUCAAUGGUAAUCCCAAAGGUAUCUACACACACACAGAUGGGUACAGGUAUGAGCAAUGGAAUAUAAGCGUAUUGUAUGCUGGAGAAAGCGUGGGUGUGCAUCUAUGAAAAGAGAUGGGUUUAUUUCACCUGGAUAAAUAAGAUAUUCUCCCCGGAGGUCAUUGAGAACUUCCUUGUACUGUUUUUUGUCAAGUUUUGGCCAGCUAGAGUGUUCAGAUGAGUAUCUUUUAUCUGCGACUUCUGUGUAUUCAGAAAAUGUCAAUAAAGUAUUUAAAUAACAUGUC